ACUUUACGAUUAACCUUAUCAUAAAAAAAGUUAAAGACGAAAUAAGUUCCGCUUAGCUUGUAAUGAUUCAUUUAUGGCACAAAAAAUGAUUUUUUUUUGAUAAAUUUUUAUUAUUCAGUUUAAAUUUGUCAAGUUAAACAAAUGAAAAGAAUGAAAUGUCCCCAAGUAAACAUAACCUUAUUUAGUUCCCGUUUUGACAUAAGUGUUUUUUGCAUGAUUUUCGUGUUUUUUAACGUUUAAAAACCGUUUAAAACUUCGGUAUGGGAUAAAAAUAAUUAAAAACCAUAUAAAUGUUUCAAUUAACCGUAAUGAACGACUUUAAAAACUCCAGGUUUAAAAGUUACAUCGAUGGUUCCAGCGACUUGGACGAUAUUUCGCUUGGGGAACAACGAUCUAAGCUACUUGAAAAGGAAGUUAUUAUACGUGAGGCCCCAAAAGUUUUUAUUUAUCAAUCGAUUAGCGACACAACCAAAAUAAAACGUGGAGUAUUAACAGUUACUAAUUUUAAGCUUUCGUUUAUACCCGAUAAAGAUGAAGAGCAACUUUAUUAUCAACAAAAUUAUUUGUUGGGGCCCUAUGAAGUUUGUUUAUCAUGUAUUGACUGUGUUUAUCAAUUGGGUGAUAAAUCCAAGAAGAAAUUGAAUUUGGGUCAAAAUGUUUCUGGGAGAGUUAAAGAGCUUUUAAUUAUUUGUAAAAAUAUGAGAAGUUUUCAUUUCAAUUUAAAACUUGUCGACAGGGACCUGACUAGGCAUAUCACGAAUGCUAUAUUAUAUCACGUUGCGCCAAAAAGAUUACAAUUAUUAUUUGCUUUUGAUUAUUGUCCUCCUUAUGAAGAUCGAGCACCAAAAGAAUCAGAAUCAUUUCGAACCCAAGACGAUUGGCGUAAAGAAUUAGAAAGAACUUCAGCGAAUAAUUGGCGCGUUUGUAGCGCCAACGAAAAUUAUGAGAUGACUUGUCUUCCAAAAUACUUCGUCGUCCCAAUUUCCGCAGACGAUAACAUCUUUAAAAAAGCGGCGCGACAUUUUCGCGAGGGUAACGGCCCGGUUUGGGUGUGGGGUACCAGAAAGAAUGCCGCUCUAGUCAGAAUGUCCGAUCUUGAACCAACGAUAACCGAUAGGACGCAAGAAAACAUUAUUUUAGAACACAUUCGGAAGAGUCACCCGAAUAUAUCAAGCCCCCACAUUAUGGAAUUAGCGAAAGUACUGCCAUCUAUUAAAGAAUUACAACACAGUUUUAACAAAUUAAGGGAUAUUUGUACCCCGGAUACUUACAGAUUGUUUAAAACGCAAGAUGCUAAGUUUUAUAAUUUAUUAGAGGGUACAAGGUGGUUACAAUAUGUUUCUGGGUGUUUAGAACAUGCUCGAAAAGCUUCCAUUUACUUAACUAAAAAUUGUAUUACUGUUGUUUUACAAGAAGGUUCUGGUCGAGAUUUAAAUUGUAUAAUAUCUAGUUUAAUACAAUUAAUAUUAGACCCAAUUUAUCGAACGAAACACGGAUUUCAACGUUUAAUUCAAAAAGAAUGGGUCGUUUUGGGCCAUCCGUUUCGAAAUCGACUUGGUUUAUUAGAAGACUAUCAAAACGAACCAGCCCCUUACUUCCUUUUAUUCCUCGAUUGCGUUUGGCAGCUUUUACAACAAAAUCCCCAAGCUUUCCAAUUCAACGAAACUUAUUUAACCACUUUAUGGGAUUCGGUUCAUGUGAGCAUCUUUGAUACCUUUAUUUUUAAUUCUGAGUGGGAUCGAUUUAAGUGUAAACCAAAUUUGAGAAGUGUUUGGGAUUGGCGUCAACAAUUUUCUGAUAACGAUAUAAAAUUUUUUGAAAAUCCUCUUUACGACGAUUCGUACAAAGAAAAAUUAUUUAUUAAUUACCGGAUAUCGUCGUUGGAUUUAUGGCGGCAAUGUUACUUGAGAUGGUUGCCGAUUGUUGAAAUUUCAAAGGGUGGUCCGCCGCAAAUUGAUUUAACCGCGCGAUUAAUUAAAGCGGAAAUUUACGAGAUGCAACAAAGAAGGUUAAGCGGUGACGUGGUGCUUCGCUCGCAUCUCAAAGAUGAAAUUUUAACGCUUUCAAGACGAGUAAAUUCGUUUUAUCCAUUUAGUAGACCUGCUAAUGAAACCAUCCCUGAUAACGAUUUAGUAUCAAUGGAUGGAUUGGAUACACAAUCUUUACUCAAUUUACCAACAACAGAAUAAUAAUUAAACUUGAACGAGUUAUGUUGAGGAUUGUUGUUGAAGAUUUUUGUAUUUUUCUUUUUACUAGAGAAUAAGAAUUUCUAAUUUUUAGAUAAUUCCAUCGUUAUCCAAGUCAAUAAUUUUUAAUUUUUCUUUGUUUUUUAUUUUUAACAGUAUUCUAACAUAUUACCAAAACUAAGAAUAUAACCGGCAGGUGUGUUUAAUAUUAUUUUUCCGUUUCUUGAGGACUAGAACCAAAAAAGAAGUAUAAUUUUUGUUUUUUAUUUAUAAAGUUAUUUAUGUAACAAAGUGUAUUUAAUUUAAAACUAAAAAUAAAAGAGCAAACUUAACGUUAAUAUCUUUAUUUGUUUUUUUUUUGUAUUUUUUUUUACAAUGAGUUAGUCGAGUUUAAACCUAAGACAUAGACGAAG